CUGGUCGUAGUAGCACACAUACUAUACAGACAGACUGUGGCCCGUCGGCGAACGCGUCGCGGACGACGGGGUCGUGAGCGUGUUUAGUAAAAACAAACCGGUAGUUCUCGCCAAAGUCCCAUCCUACCAAGAAACGGAAACACAGGAAACCUCUGCUUCUCCGAGGUUCUCCACUAUCAUCCCUCCAGCUGAAAUAAUCCGUGUUGCUGCAGUGCGAAAAGAUAAGAUAACAUUUAUCAACGCGUGUGUACGAUAGCCCGAAACGACCGUGUAAUAUUUCUUUAUUGGUGAUACUAACGUAAUUCGAUGCCAUAUUAUUUUAUCAAUUAGAUACAGUCGAGGUACAAGUCGCAGGAAAUGCAAGCUCGUUUAUUGUCAAGUACUUACGGGACUAGAUGUAUAUUGAAUAAUGAUACCGUAAUGCGUGAGAGUGAUCUUCCGAACAGUUUUUUUCGGCUACCUACAGGUCGUGGUGAAGUGAAAUAAGCCCGCUAUGGCUAAAGUGAAGAAUAUAGUGAGGCUACUGUGGGGCGUCUUCUUAGGAAACACGUUCUGCUUCAUGAUCCUCCUCAACCACACCACCACCACCACCAAGAACGAGUGCUCAACACCAAGACACCAAGGUUUGCAACCACGUAGACUAACCUGGUCCUCGAACCGCGACAUGAAUUUGAUAAUGGUGGGUGUGAUGACUGCCCCCAAAUACUUCAACACCCGAGCUAAGGCUGUCUACAACACGUGGGGCAGAGAGGUACCUGGGGACAUCAUGUUCUACAGCUCUGAAGGCUCCCGCAGCCUUGACAUCCCUCUGAUAGCCCUCAAAGACGUAGACGACAGCUACCCACCCCAAAAGAAAUCCCUGAUGAUGCUCAAACACAUGCACGACAACUACAUCAACAAAUACGAGUGGUUCAUGAGAGCCGAUGAUGAUGUCUACGUCCGUCCAGACCGUUUGGAGGAGCUCUUAAGAUCGGUUGACAGCCGUAAGACUUGGUUCAUCGGGCAAACGGGUCGUGGGAACAGCGAGGAAUUUGGGCUGUUGUCUUUAGACAGCGAUGAGAAUUUCUGUAUGGGAGGCCCUGGGGUGAUUUUCAGCAGGGAGACGUUGAAGAGGGUGGCGCCUUUCGUGGAGGACUGUUUGAGGCAUCUUUACACCACCCACGAGGAUGUGGAGCUGGGGAGGUGCGUGAGAAGAUUCGCUGGAGUUUCUUGUACUUGGUCCUACCAGGCGAGUGACUGCGAUUGUAAGAUGCAAGUAAUAUUCUACCAUAACCAGAGUGGAAAUUCAGCUUUCACAGGUGAUCUGAAACAGAAAGAAAUACACCAGGCCAUCACAUUACAUCCAGUGAAGCAUUCAGAGCAUUUAUACAGGCUUCACAAUUAUUUGAAGGGGCUGAAAAUACAGAAAAACCAGCAUGACGUUUUGAACCUACAGAGGGAUUUACUCUAUUCAAUGGCAGCUUUGGGCUUUGAGGACCAUUCAGACGGGGAAAUUCCGAGCAUGUUGUCGCCUCAUGCCGAACAGAAGAAUUCAUUCUGGAACAGAACAGAUAUCGAGAUUCCUGCUAGUAUUAGAAGACAUCCACCUGAAAGUUUGGAGAAUCUUAGUGAAUGGGAGUUUUUAUCAAACAGUCUUUAUUCUACUUCCGAUUUAAAUCCAAGACGCAGGUAUGGAACUUCUCUAAAGGAGGGGCUGAACGACGCUAUUGUAGAGGUCAUGGAACUCAUAAACCACUACUCAAAACAACGGGGCCGACUGAUUGAGUUCAAAGAAAUAAUGUAUGCUUAUUGGCGAAUGAAUCCCAUUUAUGGCGUCGAAUACGUCUUGGAUCUUCUCCUGGUUUACAGGAAAUACAGAGGUCACAAAAUGACCAUACCGGUCCGUAGACAUGCUUACAUCCAGCAGACUUUUACAGGUCUCUACAUAAGAGACGUUGAAGCCGAUUCAUCGAUACAGGAAAGCGUCCCUAACGACGUGUCAGUACCGGUCCAUAAGCAGCUCCAACACGUCCUCCUGAACCUCCACAAGAACCUACAACCCUUCUUCAAAUUCGGCAGAAACGAGGAGGAAAAACUGAUCCAUUUCAUACUUCCCCUAUCCGGAAGAUUCGACGUGUUCAAGAGAUUCAUGCAGGUGUACGAAAAGACGUGCCUGGUCAGACAGGAGAACACACAAUUGAACAUAAUUCUCUACGAAAACCCAGAAACGCCCGGGGACGUGGAGAGCACGAAGAAUCUCGUACAGGAAAUGGGGAAUAAAUAUUAUUACGGCAGGAUAUCUGUCACGUUUAUUAAGGAAAAAUUUUCGAGGGGACCAGCUUUGCACUUCGGGGUUAACAACCUCCAGGAACAAGACUUAAUGUUGUUUAUAGACGUUGAUAUGGUUUUCAACGAAGAUACGCUAGCGAGGAUAAGGAAGAACACGGUCGCCAACAAAUCGGUUUAUUUCCCCAUUGUGUUCAGCCUGUACAAUCCGAACAUCCUUAAGGUCUUCAGGGGUGAAAACUGGUGGGACAACCAAGAUAUAAUUCAUGAGAAUCACGGGUUUUGGAGGCAGUUCGGUUUCGGAAUAGUGAGCCUGUACAAAUCGGACUAUUUGAAACUAGGAGGCUUUAAUCUCCUGAUCAGCGGUUGGGGUUUCGAGGAUGUCACAUUCUACGACAAAGCAAUCAAGUCCGGUUUGCACAUAGUCAGAAGCACUGAUCCAAACUUAAUCCACGUUUACCACGCCAUCCACUGCGAUCCAGAUCUGGAUAAUACCCAGCGACAGAUGUGUCUGGGAACUGAAGCGAGUACUCUGGGUUCUUUACAGACGUUGCAGAGAAUUUAUAGUGAUUACAGCCAUUUGUUCGAACCUUCCGUGAGAUAAAACGAAGGUUCCCGAUGACUUUGGAUGUUCAAACGCAUCACCGAAAGUGCCAAAUGAAAUUAAUUAUUCUCGCGAGCUGGGAUAUACGGAUAUUCCAGUCGAUAUUGUUCAGCAUCAUCUCAAGACUGCGUUAAAUCGAUAUAGUAUUAAUUAUGAAGUUGUCUGUGUUAAAACGUUAUACAUAGUUCCUUCCAUUUUAUCUCUGCUAAUAUUUUCAAUCGAAGACAAUCGAAAGUACGAGACGAGAAGCCAUUUGACUUUCAAAUUGAACAAUGGUAAUUUAAAUGCGCCAGUAAUGAAUAAAAUUUGCGUUUCAGUGAGAGAAUUAGCGAAAAGAAAGGUAAAUAUUUGUCUGUCUUGCACAAAUGCGACAUAUCUUUCAUUUCUGAAGACUUCACAUUGUUUUACUAAAUGGAAAAUAAAUAUCCUGUAUAUUUCCAAUCCAAUUAUAUUGGAUGUGUGGAGAAUACUCAAUCAUAUCAUUCUAGUUCCACUCAGAAAUAGACUGACAAAUUUCGCUUAUAAAUAUAAAAUUCUCACUAUUAUUAGUUGAAUGUAAUUUUCCCCAGUGAAGAAAGUUCACAUAAUGAAAACUGAGUUUUCCUACUUACUCAUUAGUAUUCCUGGCAACUAAGCUUAUUUCUAAAUAUUCGGCAAAAACAAGUUUUCAAUAUAUCUGAGCAGAAUCUGACUCAAUUCUCCUACGAAAAAUCAAAUGAAUUUCUAUCAGUUUAAAUUGCCUUACCAAAGCCAUUAUCAGUGAAAUAUCAUGACAAUAAAUUUAAGUUUACAUAAAAUGUCUGUGAUGCCAUCUUCUUCAUUAUUCUUUCGAUGUAUAUAAUUCAUUUUGUGAAUAAAAACUAAUGCAUGUGUA